GAUCCCCCCAACCGGUGCAUAUUGGCUGAAGCCGCUUACAUGGUUGUCCACGCUUCUGUAGUGAUCAUGGCGAGCGAACAGGGUGCACCACCUAAGGGACGGCGCCCAGCCAUUUCCCUUGUUGCCGGUGUAAUGCGCAUAGUCAUGAUCAGCCUUGUGCUCUUUCCUGCAUUUGCUCCAGUUUGGAUGGGCUAUGGAUGGAGUGGAUAUGGGCAGGAUAAUACCACGUCAGAAAGCAUUUCCCACCUAAGCCUCAUCAACACAUGCAAUGGGGUAAUAGAUGCAUCGUAUUUUCCACAUCCAGAUUGGGACGCUUGGGGAGACACCUACCACUUUAGAAUAAUUGCGAGCACCAUCACUUCACUUCUAGUGGCCGUGUGUGCCGCUGUUGGUUUAAAAUACGUACCCACCGCGUCUGUGUUUGUCAUCCAUGCCCGAUGUUGGCUUCUGCUGAAUUGGUUAUUGGCUUUAGGGUGGAAUUUCGGAAGGGCUUAUCAAUGGUGUGAUACGAGAUCUCCGAAUCCUGGCACUUGGCUGUGGAACAUUCGGCAGGUCGUUUGGGCGUCUUCUGCCACCUACCUCAGCUUCUUGCUGCGAAUGAGGAUUGCGGCUCUGCAGCGUGCCCAGGGUGAAGAGAGCCACCUGAAAAGGAUUUCUGCCGUCAUUGCACUUCAGUGCGUGGUGUUGCUCGGUGUCAGUGCCUGCGUUGUUGUUCGGCUCACGACGGCUGUGUCGCAGGAUUGGUUUGGCACGUUGGCCCAGACCCUGCUGUCGAUAAUCUUGGCACUCACAGUUGUCGGUCUUGCGAUAGCAGUCCAUGCUUUUAGGAAUCCGCUCCGUGUUGCCCGAAACGUCGCGCAGCAGACCGUUGGACGCCGUGGAGAGGAGGCUCAGCGGAGCUAUCGCACAGUGCGACGGCAGCUGAUGGCAACAUUGUUUUGCGGCGUUACAUCUACGUUGGCAUUGGGGACGGAAUUUGCGUCGCACGUGUUGUACGUUUAUCACCGAGACGAGCACGACUACAUAUAUGAGAUCUUCAAGACAUUCUUCUACGGAUUCGACCUGGUCGCGAAUGCGGUUGUCGUAUUGCUGCUGUCGGGGUUGGUACGCGUCCAUGAGCCCUCGCGAGUUGUUGCUCAGUGCACUGCGAAUUCUGCUAAACCUUGCACCGAUGCAUCAGGAAGUCAAGAAUGGGACGAUAAAGUAAAAGAGCUAUCGGAGCGGGGCAUUACACUAGGGGCACUCCUAGGCUUCUACGCUGGACUUGGACAGCGCUACAUGCCUCACUUCAACCCAGAUGUGCAUUCCACAGCCGACGUCGUCCGGCAGGCCGUCAUUCCGCUCACGGCCGGCAACUCGGCCUUUGGGCCGUGCGCGUUGUCUACGCAGCUCAUGGGAGGGGCCUCUAUCCGGGCGGAGCGCAUGGUUACGCAUGCGUGGUCAAAUAAAUUCGCAGAUCUUAUUGCUGCCAUUGUGGCGGAUGCUCUUGGUCUCAUCACGUAUGAGGCGGUGCUGCCCAGGUUGAAACCAGCCGAAUUGCCAGUGUUAAUGAAGGAGUUGCACCAGAGGGGCUUUCUGGGGAUUUCGUAUUGGGUCUGUGCUGCUUGCGUCAAUCAGCAUGCAGGAAUAUGUGGUGCGAACCCAGGGCAGCAGCAGGAUCCAGUCAGCGGCAGAGUACAUCCUGUCUGCAGUUGUAAUCACCCUAAAUUCUGGAACAGCACGCCGCCAUUGCGCUUCGACGGGGAGGGGGUUUUGUGUGAGAUGAACAAGUUUGAUGACAUGAUGCUCUACCUCAGCUCGAAUGACCCGUCCUUCCGGCAGGUCAUAGCCAUCGACCGCGAGUUCGAUUUGUUCAAGCGGGCAUGGUGUGUUAGCGAGAUUCAUUUGGCGCACUCCUCGUACAUAAACGCAGCUGUCAAAUUCCAUACCCACAAGAGCCUCGAGCUGCACCAAAACAUGUUGAUGAAUCUGCGCGUGCAGGACAUGGAGUCGUCCAGGCCAGAGGAUAAGGCCAUGAUCCUCGGGAAGAUCGACAACUUGGAUGAUUUCAACGAAACCCUAAGGUGGAUCGUUCUGGACGAGGACACCGGCAUCUUCGCAAAUUGCCAGGACAGCCUGCAGGCCUCAGGCAAUCUCGGCAAGAUCGUCCGGACAACACUCUAUUCGAACAGUUCCGCGCCGUCUACCCCGUCCUCAUUCUUUGCAUGCGUUGCUCGCACGCCCUCGCCCUCAGUCUGAUGCAAAUGCGCGAUGCAGUUCGCUUGGAUGCGUAUUGAUUGAACCAGGUAGUAGAUACGUGAAUCCUCGGACUAGUGCUAUGCCCAGCGAGGUAUGCUGUGGCUGGGCAUCCGUGUGAGCUGGCAGCAACUGUGAGCUGGCUGGGCGCCAACGUGCGGCACAAUUCCGGUAGGAAAGCGUGCAAGAUGUUCAAACGCUGAUUCUGUUCGGUCCAGUUUUUUUGGCUGGGCAUGGCUUCUGCUCCUCCCCCGAGACAGCCCAGCAUGCAACGCCCACGCCCCUCUCCCCCCCCAAAUUUCUUCUCUCCCAUGCAGUCAACAAACCGCGCGCGGCGGGUUCGUGGGGCCUGGGGGCACAGAAGCUGCCACCAGUUGCCCCCUCUUCCUCGUCCUCCCCUUGGGCCCUCCUCGUCCUCCUCCUCGUCCUCCUCCUCCUUCUCCCUGCCCUGCUCUGACCCCCUGGGCUGCACGGGCGGUCGGGGGGUUCGGAGUUUUGUGUCGGCAGGUUCGUUGGCCUCGUAUACAUGUUAGGCCGAACACCAGCCGAUUAAAGAACGUCACCGUUCGUUCGUAUCUGUAGGACACGUACCGAGCGUAAAGCCGUUCGGUUGCAUGAGUUCAUCCAUUCCUCUUUUCCCUCUUCCUCCUCCUCCUCCUCCUCUCCGCCCGCCGUCUUCCUAUCCCCUUCUCUCAAGGAGGUCCGAUCUAACUCUGGAUAUUUCUAACAUGUGAACGCAAGUGUCAGAUUCUACUGGCCACACCACCACCAGAGUGCACGUCGUGGUAGCAUGCUCGUGAAUGUCAAAAAAAUGUUUGUUCUCAA